UUCGUAGCGCACGUUAUAAGUACUUGUAGAUUAGAUGGCUAUCAUCUGUUAUAUAUACAUGGAACUGACGCGUAGGAUCUUCAUUUUGCAGAAGUUUGUGCAAACACCACAUGGCUUAACACGGUCCGUAGGACGUACAUGUAGGUGGUGUAAUAGACACCUUUAUUUAUCGUCAAGGCCCGUGCUACCUCCACAAAGUCAGAUCAUCAGAUCAUAUAGUAGCAUGGGAAGUUUCAUUGCAGAGGGGACACUACUGGGUGUAGGGAACCCCUUGUUGGAUAUGACCAUCACUGGAUCUGAUGCAGAGUGGUUGCUGAAGGAGUAUGAUCUUCUACCAAACAAUGCCAUUAUUGCCACAAAGAAACAUGAAAGUUUGUUCAAAAAAUGUGUAGAGGAGUGCAAGCCUAUCUAUCUUGCUGGUGGUGCCACACAAAAUACCAUCAGAGUUGCACAAUGGCUCCUCCAGCAACCUCAUGCCACUACAUUUUUUGGUGGUGCUGGCAAUGAUAUUUAUGAAGAAAUUUUAUUCAAAAAGGCAACAGAGGUUGGCGUGAAUGUAAAAUAUGACAUCCAUCCUGAAAAAUCUACUGGGAAAUGCUGUGCUAUUAUUACUGGUGAAGACAGGUCCUUGGUGACAGAUUUAGGGGCUGCCCAACUGUUCAAUGUAGAAUUCUUGCAUAAGCCAGAGAAUUGGCAUCUAGUAGAGAGGGCCAAGUAUUUCUACAUUGGUGGCUUUACCUUACCUGAAAGUAAGGCUGCAGCAUUAAAAAUUCUCAAACAUGCUGCUGAAAAUGAUAAAGUUGUUAUCAUGAACCUCCAUGCGACUUUUCUUUGCUCCCAUUUUGCAGACUAUGAACUAAAUAUACUACAGUAUGUUGAUGUACUCUUUGGGAAUGGAGAUGAAGCAAGAGAACUCUCUAAAGAAAUUGGGUUUGGAACUUCAGACAUCAAAGAGAUUGCACAAAAAACUGUCAACUACACUAAACUCAAUAAACGUCAUGGUAGGACAGUAAUUUUCACUCAGGGACGAUCUCCAACAAUUGUAGGAAGACGAACAGAAGUCAAAGAAAUUCCAGUUGUUCCUGUAGAAAAGCAUUUGAUUAAGGACACUAAUGGUUGUGGAGACUCUUUUGUUGGGGGAUUUCUGUCACAAUUUGUUCAGGGAAAACCAACCGAAAUCUGCUUAAAAUGUGGUACAUACGCUGCUAGAGAAGUCAUUCAAAACUAUGGAUGCAACUUUCCAGAAAAGCCUAAUUUUGUUGUAGAAUGAUUGUGUUAGUAUUUUGGCUAUAUUUUAUUUUUAAAUAUUUGUCAUUUUAACUAACUGUACUUUAAAAACCUUAAUUUUAACGCCUUUUUAAAAAAAAUCUGCUGAUUUGAGUGGGGCUUUUAGCAUUUGGCAUACGGUUCAAUCUGGUGUUCAAUCGUUAUGCUAUUCCUAUUUUUAAACCAGCUGUUCAUUCCAUAUUUUAUUUAAUAGAUACCUCUUAUCUUUUCUUGCAGGUACACAUUUAUGUUUGCUCACAAAUUUGAUUUCAUGAUUCCUUAUGAAGUUAUUAUUUAUUUAAGUCUAUAUUAUUACAGUUUUUAAUGUAACCAUACUAAUGAUAAUUAUUAUAUCAAGUUUAAAUGAAGAUGGCAUGUUAAUACACAUAUAUGAACUGUUAAGAAAAUGUACUAGCAAUCUUUCACAAUGUUUGCAAUACUGCCCAGAUGCAGACUAUUUGUGAGUAUAUAUAUACUAACAGUAUUAUUUUUUUUAAUACAGUUUACUUUUUUGACAAUUUUAUAUGCUGAUAUAGUUGCUGUUUUCCUUGGUGCUAUUUAUGUGAACGGCAUUAUAUGUACACUGUAUUUCCCAUUUAUAUUGACAUUUUAUUUGUAUUUUUUAUUUAUCAUGUUGACUGAAAAUAUUGAUGUGGCAACUGUGAUUAAACAACAGCUGCAAUUCAUCUUUUAAGUGAUGAUUAUUCCUGGGAAAAGCAUUCAAAACAUUAAUUGUUGAUAUUAUUGACAUCUAUAAUGGAAUGUUUCUCUGCAUCACAGAUACAGGAGACAACUUCUACAUGUUGUUAUGACUGACGUACCACUUCUAAGAAAUUUCUUUUUUUGUAAUACUAACAAUGAAAAUGUAUACAUGACAUUUAUAUGGUACAGUUAUAGCUGUAUUUGUGAUCAUUAACUGCUGAUGUAACGAAGAUGUACAUGUAUUUUAACAAUGUCACGUGAAUAAUUCAUGUACAUGUAAUGGUAUUUUUCACAGAAUAAAUUUUGUUUUACUAACUUUAAUAACAAUUCCAA